AUGGACUCCCUCAGUCCCGCCGCCCCUUCCACUUCUGCCCCAGCGCCUCUGCCCGGCAACGCUGGCCUCACAGGGGGACCCUCAGGUCCAGCCUCAGGAGCCCUGGUCGACCUUGCCAAGCACCCCUCUGGCAUUGUGCCAGUUCUGCAGAAUGUGGUUUCAACAUGCUUCAUGGGGCGCUGCUUAGACUUGAAGCAAAUAGCUAUACAUGCACGGAAUGCGGAGUACAACCCCAAGCGCUUUGCUGCUGUGAUUAUGAGGCUGAGAGAGCCCAAAACCACUGCCCUCAUCUUUGCUGCAGGCAAAAUGGUGUGCACUGGUGCUAGGAGUGAGUCGGACUCGAAGUUAGCGGCCAAGAAAUUUGCCAAGAUCAUCCAGAAGAUCGGCUUCCCGGAUGUGGUCUUCAAGGAUUUCAAGGUGCAGAACAUCGUGGCCUCUUGCGACGCUUGCUUCCCUGUCCGCCUGGAGGGCCUCCAGCACAAGCACAGCAUCUUUGCUCGGUAUGAGCCUGAGCUCUUCCCAGGCCUCAUCUACCGGAUGAGGAAGCCAAAGGUGGUGCUGCUCAUAUUCGUGUCGGGCAAGUUGGUGCUGACAGGGGCCAAGACACGAGAAGACAUCUAUCAGGCAUUCGAGAUGAUCUACCCAGCGCUGCUUGAGUUCCGAAAAGGCGACGCCCAGCAGCUGGGAAAGAGCCUACCUGGGCAUGGCCCCAGUGGGCGGCCCUCCCAGCCAACCAGCGCGGAGGGCAGUGAUGAGUCUGGCCACAAUGUUCUGACGCCCCCGAGCUCCACAGGGCCAAGCUCAGCGCAGGACAACCCACAGGAGCCCGUCAACGAGGAUGCGAUGCUGGGCCCCAUGAUGUCCGCACUCACGGGUUUGGGAUUGCCUGAAGGGUCGGGGCUUCAUCUUGAUGACGGUGAGAAUGAUGGUGCUAGCGAUGAUAAUGGGGUCCUGGAAUCCUGA